AUGAAUGGACAACAUCCGGAUGUUGACUCGCAACCAGAGGAGCGAGCUGCGAAGCGAAUUAAGAUUGACGACGCAGGUGCUGCUCUGGACCACAAGGGAGAAAAUGGCCAAGAGACGGCUCAAGUUCCUCAGAACGGCAAUCAUGUAAAGCAUUCAGACAAUCGGGUCAAGGGCAUGGCUCCCAUUAAGAAGGAGUAUCUCAUCGAUAUGUCAGGGAACCAGACUGAGCGUUCUGCUGCUGUGGAUGACGACGCUGCUGAGGGUCGAGGUUCUAAUGACCGAGACCAGAGAGAUGGGCAAGAUGCGAGAGAUCGAGGAAAGAAGGGAAAGAAGAAGCAAAAGGGCCAGAAUAUUGAUCGUUCAUUUGGAAGAUUUGACGAUGCUAUUCCACUUUGCAACAGCAGGGCUUACUCUGCAGAAUUCUCGCCAAAGGAAUGCCAGUACGGUGAUGCGUGCAAGAUGUGCCACGAUCUACGCAAAUACCUGAGCGAGGGCCGUCGCGAAGAUGUCGAGGCUCUCGGCGGGAAAUGCCCUGCAUUCGAGGCGUAUGGCUACUGUGCUUCAGGCUGGAAGUGCCGGUUCGUCAAGAGCCACAUGCAAGAAAUUGAGCACGCCGAUGGCAGGAAAGAGCUGGUUUUGAGCGACAACCGUCCGCCCAAGGUGGAGCCCAAGGAGCCGCCCAAGGAAGAAGAGUCUGCUCCUCUGGAGGCUUCGGAGGAAAAGGGAUCAAAGUUUGAGGAGAGAGGGAAAAGCGAAGACGAACUGCGACCCGGCAUCUUCAACGUUGUGACUAUGGGUCAGAAAAUUGAAUUGAACCGCAAGAGACUCGACUUUACCAAGGCAGACGAAUACAUCAAAUGGCUGAAUCACGAGGCCGGCAUCAGCCAGGACUUUCAUCACCGUCGCAAAGAUCAACCAGCUCUAGGUCUCGAAGACCUUCGGGCUCGAUUUGUCGACCCCCCGUUCAAGCCAUCCGAGAAGCGCCGCCUGUACUUUGGUGCAGAGACUCCGACUCUUGCUCCUUUGACGACUCAGGGGAACCUCCCAUUCCGACGUCUAUGUGUAGAACUCGGCUGUCAAGCGACUUACUCGGAAAUGGCUUUGGGAAUGCCCCUGCUUCAGGGCUCCAAGCCUGAUUGGACCUUGAUGCGCGCUCACAGGUCUGAGAUUACGCCCCCCAAGAUGAAUCCGGGAGCUAUCCCGCUGUUCGACGACUAUAACCAUUCGCGCGAUCUCAAGUUUGGCGCCCAAAUCUCAGUAAUCGAUCUCAACUGCGGUUGCCCAAUCGACAAGGUCUUCAAGUCAGGUGCUGGAUCUGCUCUUCUUGAUGCCAGUGGCAAAAUGGAGCGCAUGAUCAGAGGCAUGAAUGCUGUGUCUGGCGAGAUUCCCAUCAGCGCCAAGAUCCGGACUGGAGUUCGCAAGGACCGCUCAACCGCCACCCAGAUCAUCGGCAAGCUGGCCUUUGGAUCUCGCGAGCAUCGCGAACGACUUGGUGCUCCUGGAUGCGCCGCACUUACUCUUCACGGCCGUAGUCGCGAGCAGCGGUAUACCAAGACGGCAGAUUGGGGUUACAUUGGCGAGUGUGCUGCUCUCAUUAAGACAUACAACGAUGAAAAAGCCAAAAUCACCGACACCAUUGCUGAGCCAGAUGCGAGCACCCUAGCCAAUUCAAAGGACGGACGCAUGUACUUCCUCGGAAACGGCGACUGCUUUUCCCACGUCGACUACUAUGAGCACCUUGAAAAGGCUCGCGUUGACACGGUCAUGAUUGGCCGCGGAGCCCUCAUCAAACCCUGGAUCUUUGAAGAAAUCGAAAAGGGCCAAUACCUCGACAAGUCUUCCACCGAACGCCUUGGCUACAUUGAAAAGUUUGUCAAGUAUGGUCUCGAAGCGUGGGGCUCGGAUGAACUGGGCAUCGGCUACACCAGACGCUUCCUCCUCGAGUAUCUCAGCUUCGCGCACCGCUAUGUGCCAAUUGGUCUGCUGGAGCACUUGCCUCCACGACUGAACGAUCGGCCACCGGCGUACAAGGGCAGAGAUGAGAUGGAGACGAUGAUGGCGUCUGACAACUACAAGGACUGGAUCAAGAUAAGCGAAAUGUUCCUCGGACCCGUUCACCCAGGAUUCCAGUUCCAGCCCAAGCACAAGUCGAACUCUUACGAAGCUGAAGGCUAG